AUGAUUAUCGACGGAGAAAAGUGGGCUUGUGAUGCUUGCGUCAGAGGUCAUCGUGUUAGCAAUUGUCACCACUCAGACAGACCUCUGCAACAUAUCAAUAAAAAGGGUCGUCCUGUCUCACAAUGUACUCAUUGUCGAUCAAUGCGCAAAUCGAGAGCAGCACACGUCCGAUGCGAAUGCGGUUCGGAAAAAGCACAUUCGAAAGGAUCCUGUCCGGAAAAUGGAGAUACGCAGGAUACCUGUUGUUGCAGCCAUGGUGCCCGAUGCACAUGCGCUUUAAAAAGUGAUCACCUCGCUCCUGUACCCGAGUCCGACUCUGAUGAAACCCCUUCGUUGUCGAUACCAGUAUCCAAACCAAGACGACCUCGUGCGCACACUGCCCAAUCGGAAAACAAUUUAACAAUAUUUACGAAUGGUCACCACAAGCCUGUACAUAAGAAUAACAACAUGGCUCAUAAAUGCGGCCUACCAUACACUGUCCCUCGAGCACACUCAAUUCAUGGCCAAUCGUCAUCGAGUCUCGCCAAUAGGUCUGUCGAUAACCUACCACACACCAGCACCGUCGAUGCUUUACACAGUGAAUCCCAUAUUAAAGACUCUAUAGUGAGUGCUCAACAGGAACAGCGAAUGGUCAAGUCCGAACAUGCAUCGCCACUCGUUAGUCCUAUGUCGAAUUUUCAGCAAAUGAAUGGUCAACUGCCGCCUUUGGACUUAACAAAUAUGCCCGCAGAAUUCAAUAACUUGUACCAAUUUGAUGCAUAUGGAGGGGCGAUUUCGGAUCUCGAACAACCUAUCUUCUCUGCCGGAAUCAGUUCCGCUUCCAUUGAUUGGUCUCAUUAUGAUGGAUUAGAUUUCAACAAUAACAAUGACAAUUUCGCAGCCUCCUCCUACAGCCAAGCAGCAUCAUUUAAUGGAUUUGAUUUUUCUAGUAUCGAUCAACCAGCAUUAACAAGUACAUCAACCUCCGGCGAACAAUCCGAAGUGGAGGAUUUUAUUGGCGUUUCGGAUACUUCUAGGCCAGCAUUGAUGAACAAUCAGUACGGAUCUGAUCUCGAUACAUCGGAAUUUGGCGGGGAAAUCGAUAGAUACAGAUUAAGUACGGCGUCAUCUUAUAUCGAUAUAUCACAAAUGCAGAUGCUUGCCAGCAAUGAUGUCGAAACUCUUGGACUCGAGGAAUUCAUGAAAGGAAGCCCUAGUGGAUAUUUACCUAUAUCACCUCCAAAUCACGGUCUACCUAUGACAACAUAUUCAACCGAGAUUAAGAAUAAUCAGCCAUUACCGUUCGAUGAAAAUAAUUCUUUCCUGCCUAUAACAGCAGAAGAUACGGAAGCUUUUUGGAUGCCCGAUUUUACGGCCGCAAAUAACAUCACAAUCAACAAUGAGAAUGGAAGACAUGAGGAGAAUCUCUGGGGACAAUAA